AAAAAGGAUUCAUAUUCUGAUGCAAAAGAUAUCAAGAGAUGCUUAUUCUAAUUUAGGUGCAUUUUAAUAGUGUUCAACUAUGGAUUUAGUCGGUUUCACAAUCUGCUGAAUUGAUUAAUUAAUUCUUACUUUUUUGAAAGAUCAAGUGUGCAUCUUUAUCAUUUUUUAAAAUUAUUCUAUGUUCUAUUCUUCGAAAAUGCUAAAUCUACCUAUCAAUUGAGGUGGCUUGCUUAAUCAUCUUGCUGCUGGCCUGCUGCCGGUUUCUCUUAUCUAAAAGAAAAAAAAUCUCUAGGAUCUUCUCCCUUUUCUAAUUUUUUUGAUUAAACAAAUUCAAACCCACACAUGACUAUCUAUUGCUGCCUCUAUAAAUAAGGAGAUAUAUGAAAACUUAAAGUCACAUCCUAACAUUGAACUAACACUUCCUGUUACAUCUCACUUACAACCCAUUACUUUCUUCUUCUUUUUUUCUAGUAUAUUUUAGACACAUUUCCACUAAGAUGGAUAAGGUUAGUGAUUUGGCUUCGAGGCAGGCUGCUGUAAUCUUUACCAAGAGCUCAUGUUACAUGUGCCAUAGCAUAAAGGUUAUAUUUUAUGAACUUGGGGCAAGCCCUGCAAUCCAUGAACUGGAUCAGGAGAUUAGUGGGAAGGAAAUGGAAGGAGCCCUUCGUGGGCUAGGCUGUAAGUCUGUCCCAGCUGUGUUCAUAGGUGGUAAAUUUAUAGGCUCAUCAAAAGAUGUCAUUUCUCAUCAUCUUGAUGGCUCCCUCAGGCAAAUGCUCAUUGAAGCCAGGGCUAUAUGGUUGUAGCCACAACUUACUUUAUCUUUAUAUUUCCAUACUAAAAAAAAAAAGAAAAGAAAAGAAGAAAAACUACUCAAGUAACAUUUCUUAACUUCUGCCAUGUCAAAGUGACUAGAUUUUAUUAAUAAGUCAUAUGACAUAAAAAUGGCUAUUAAGUUUCUCAGACAGGCAUUGAAAUUUGGAAGUCAGCUUGUCAAGGGUCAGCUUUUGCAUUUUCUAUAGUUGGUGUAUCUUGAAUCUUCAAAUCACUGCAAUAAUAUGAAAAUUCUAAGUGUAAACUCUGUCAUGUUUUAUCUUAAUUGCUUCCAUUUGUUUUUGUAGAAGAAUAUCCAGAUUGGUGAAAUAUGUGGAUAUUUUGGGUCAAAAAAUAAUUGUCCCAUAGUUCUAUUUAAAAUUUUAUGUAUACAUUGGAAUAUAUUAUCACAAAUCAUUCCUCCGCGGUUGUGAAAAACACCUUCCAGUUCUCAAAAACCCUAUAUGAAUUGUCCUCCAAUAUUUGAAUUCAAACAUGUCUGAAAUCUGAAUACAGAGCUUGCUCCAUGACUUUGGAGACUGACAAAAAGAUGAUGUUAGUAUUCUUCAUUGCACUUUCAAACUCACAAACUAUAUAUAACUGACCUAGGCCUCGAGGCCUGAUCUUGGUGGGCCUGACUUAAGUCCAUUAGUCAAGAAUAUAAUUAUUUAGACAUUGUUAGGUUAAGAUUAUGUAUGUUGAAAGACAAGACUAUUUCUCUCUUACCUUAGGCUAUUUCUUUCUAAACUAUAAUAUUUUCUUAUUCUCAUCUCCUUUCUUGUAUGAACACUAGAGGUUUGUUACACAACCAAAAAAAUCAAAGUUUCUUCAAGCCAGUGAAUACUAGAGCAGUGAAACACAAACUGCUAGAGAAGGUUUAUCAUAUCACAUUUAUGGAAAAGGCACAUCAUCAUUCAUUCAUCUUUCAUGAAUUACAUUGAAAUAAGAAUCUUCUAGAACUACAAUUCAAAGCAUAAAGAUUGUUUAUAAGGAAAACUGGUAUAUUUUUUGUAAAAAUUUGGCUGAAAUGAGUAGUUUUGGAAUUAUUGAAUCUGAAAAUUGAUGGAAAUACUAGUAUUUAUGUCCUCUAAAUCAUUACAAAAGGUAUUUAACAGUUGAAUCCUUGAUUUGUAUGGUUGAAAUUUUGCCUUAUUCUAUUAUAAACUUCUGUUUCUGGGCUCAGGUGAGAUCAAAUCCUUAUUUAAUCAUGUAAUCCAGCAUCUAAGCCAUGAUAAGACUCCAAGAAUCUCUUGAGCUACAAGUUGCUUGUUGUGGCCUAUUCGCAAAAGUGUGCUCUAAAAUCUCAAUUGGUUUAUAUGCUAAGGUGGAGGCUUGUGUAUGAACUAAACGGCCUAUCAUAACAAUUGAGUUGUGUAAUGAAUCCAAGUCACUUGUUCAAUAUUCGAUAUAUACAAAACUUUCUUUGUUUUUCAACCAAUAACUGGAAGUUGUCAUAUUUGGAUGAUUUGUAAGAUUAGUAGUUUAUUACUGAUAAUAUGAUGUUUUCAUGAUUUUUUUUUAAAUUGUAUUUUCUUGGCUGGUGUCAACAGAUGUAACACAACUGCAGUAAAUAUGCAGAGUUUGAUAU